AUGGACGGUCUCCUCAUCAACUCUGAAGACGUGAUCACUUUAUCCAUAAACCAACUUCUUGAGAAAUACCAGAGACCCCCUUUUACACAGUCCAUUCGAGCUCAGCUCAUGGGUGUUCCUAACUCGACAAAUGGGGACUUGUUCCAUAAUUGGGCUAAGCUGCCUAUCUCCCGCGAGCAAUUCGCUCGUGAGUCAUCAGAGCAAAUGCGACUAGAUUUCCCCAAGUGUGAGCCUCUUCCCGGUGCCGAGAAGCUUUUGGAGGAUCUCAGUAACGCAUGUAACGCUUCUGGGGAUAGAAUUGAGCUGGCUUUAGCAUCUGGCACCAAGACAAAUUCUUACGAACUGAAAACAUCACGUCCGGAAACAAAACGACUACUUAGUUUCUUCCGGUCUGAAAGGCGCAUCCUGGGUGAUGACCCACGGGUAAAGGGUCGAGGGAAGCCUGCGCCUGAUAUUUAUUUGGUCGCCUUACAGUCUUUGAACUCGACAGCGGACCCCAAUGAGAACGAAAUCAAACCUAAUGAGUGUUUAGUCUUUGAAGAUAGCUUGGUAGGGGUAGAAGCGGCAAGGCGGGCAGGCAUGAGGGUUAUUUGGGUACCACACCCAGAUGUGGGGGCCGAAUGUCAAGCAAACGAGAAGGAGAUGUUAACCGGAGGGGCUGGAAUGAUUAAACUUGAAAGUCUAGAGCAUUUUGACUACAUGAAUUAUGGGAUAUAUUUAUCGCCUUAAGCAUGUAUGUACGGUAUGAAGUGUAUCUAAGGCCACACUUAGAGUCAGCUUAAGGG